AUGCGCGUGCGCGCAGCCAUGAGCCCGGAGGAGAUUGACAGGGCUGUGAAGCAGGUGCUGCUGAAGGACCUGCGCAUCCAGUGCAGGGCGCGCGGCAUCAGCCCCGCGGGCGGCAAGGAGCAGCUGGCCGAGCGCGUCAGGGAGCACAUGCUCGAAACAGGGGAUUUCUCCAUGAAGAAUGAGACCGGGGAAGACCUUGUCAUCAACACAGUUGCUGGCACCAACUCAGCCGACGUCGCGCAGGGCUUUGCCAAGAACAACUAUUCACGCCCAUCAGGCCAGAACGUCGGCAACUUUAUGACUGACAGGAACAGCAGCCGCGUCCUCGCGCCCCCCGGCGGCGCCACAAGCAUUGUCUUCGGCGACGCGUCCUCCGCCGCCGCUGAGAAUGCGCCCUCGCCACGGAGCAAGCAGGCUGCGCCGCUGUCGCCGGCGGCGAUCGCCGGCCUGCCCGCGGGGAGGCCGGGCCCGCCGCCCGGAGCGCUGAGCGUGGGCUCCGAGUCCAGGGCCAACAACAACUACGCGCGCCCCAGCGGCCAGAAUGUCGGCAACUUUUUGACAGACAAGAACUCCAGCCGCGUGGUUGCGCCCCCAGGCGGCACAAGCCAGAUCAUCUUUGGCUGA